AUGUCACAGAACUACGGAGAGUACCAGCAAGAGAUUUACGGGCAAGGCGCCUUGAUGGGCCUGAAGCCAAAUGUCAGCACCGACGCCCGUUUACUCGAGGAGCAGGCCCGAAAGGCUUUAAGUGACAUCGCGUAUAAUUAUGUCGCCGGAGGAGCUGGAGAGAAGGCUACGAUGGACAGUAAUCGUCUGGCAUUUCGCCAAUGGAAGCUAAUUCCCAAGAUGCUGAGGAAGAUGGAUAAGCAGGACAUCAGUGUAAAUCUCUUUGGGCAAGAUUACCCGACGCCCCUUAUUAUGGCGCCUGUGGGUGUCCAAGGGCUAUUCCACCCGGACAAGGAGACAGGUUUGGCCGAGGUAUGCGCUGAGACCGGUGUACCGUAUACUCUAAGCACUGCGAGCACCAGCUCUAUUGAAGAAGUUGCGAACGCGAGCGGAGACGGCAAGAGGUGGUUUCAGCUCUAUUGGCCCGGCGACGACGAUAUCACCCUUUCACUGGUGAAACGGGCAAAAGAAAACGGAUAUUCUGUCCUGGUGGUCACACUAGACACCUGGUCUCUGUCCUGGAGGCCGGCAGACCUCGAUAAUGCUUACAUCCCGUUCAUCCGCGGAAUCGGCAACCAGGUCGGCUUCUCAGAUCCAGUAUUCCGCGCCAAGUUCGAAAAGGAAAGCGGUUCAAAAGUCGAAGACGAUAUCGUUGGAGCAUCUAGGGCAUGGAUCAGCAAGGUUCUAUCCACUACGCCUCAUGUCUGGGACGAGGUUUCCUUCUUGCGGAAACACUGGGAUGGUCCGCUCGUGCUCAAGGGCAUCCAACAUGUGGAAGAUGCGAAGCUUGCGCUUGAAGCUGGCUGUGAUGGUAUCGUAGUUUCCAACCACGGAGGUCGUCAAGUUGAUGGAGCUAUUGCGUCGUUGGAGGUGCUUCCGGAGAUAGUUGACGCGGUCGGAGAUAAGUUGACUGUACUCUUCGAUUCUGGGAUUCGAACAGGUGCCGACAUUAUCAAGGCUCUAUGUCUGGGAGCCAAGGGUGUCUUGGUUGGCAGGCCGGUGAUUUAUGGCUUGUCAAUUGAUGGCAAGAAUGGCGCCAAAGCCGUCAUCAAGGGACUCCAGGCCGAUCUGUGGCAGAGCAUGUCAUUAUCAGGAAUCUGCACAGUGGCAGAGUGCACCAGGGACAAAAUCCGCAAAAUCCAGUAUCCUGGCGACACGAAAGCCAUGCUGUGA